CCGCUGGACAUCCUCUCGGAGGUGGUCCCCACUGGCAGGCUGGCCCGUGGCAUGAGGGUGUUUCAGGUGCAGGGAGUGAGCGGCUUCCAGCUCGCUGCCUCGCGGCCCCGUGCCCUGGGUUUCCCCGCCUCCCGGCUCUUCAUCCACUGCGACAACUUCCCCGAGGAGUUCUCCAUCAUUGUCACACUGAGGGUCCUCAACAUCCCCGCCAAGAGAAAUGAGUACGUCUUCACACUGAUGGCGGAGGAGAGCCCCAGCGUGCUGGUGGGGCUGCGCUAUGCCCCUGGCAAGCUCCACUUCCUCUUCUGGAGCCAGGAGCGCACCGGCAGCUGGCAGACCCGCGUCACCUUCCCCAACGUCUCCCUCUCUGACAACCAGUGGCACACGCUCGUCCUGGCUGUCUCCGGCCAGUCCUUCUCCCUGACGGUGGACUGCAGCAUCCCCAAGGACGUGGUGGUGGAGACACCAUUUCCAGCCUCUCUGUCAGUGCAGAGAGCCAGCUUCUAUCUGGGCAACAGGAGGAGAAGGAAAGGCGUGUUCACGGGUUUGCUGAGACAGCUUGUCCUGCUGCCAGGAGCCGAUGCCACCCCUCGGAUAUGCACUGCCAUGAACUUCAAAGUAGCAACACUCUCGGUCCCCACUGUCCUCCAGGAUCACCCCAUGAAGCCAGCAAGCAACGAGGUGCUAAAAUACCCCUACGAGACCGACACAAAGGUGACCCUGGGGUCCCGUCCACCCUGCACCAAGCAAGAGAAGAUGCAGUUCUGGUUCAACGCCUCCCGGCGAGGGCUGUACCUCUGCAACGGCAGCACCUGGAUUUCCAUGCUGGAAGUCAAGCAAAGGCUGGACUAUGUGGAGGAGUACCAGAACCUGGUGACCAACUCUGAGACAAUGGGAGUUGAGGUCUUCACCAUCCCAAAGGUGGGACUGUUCGCAGCCACUGCCAACCGGUACACCCUGCCAGGAUCGGCCAUCUAUAAGUGGACUGACGGGAAGUUUGUGCCCUACCAGAACAUCCCCACCUUCCAAGCUCAGUCCUGGAAGUAUUUCACCAUAGGAAAGAAGAUCUUCCUAGCAGUCGCUAAUUUUGAGCAGAAUGACAGGGGUCAGGAGUUCUCUGUAAUAUACAAGUGGAGCCGCAGGAAAGAGAAAUUCGUCAUGUACCAGAGGAUCACGACGCACAGCGCUAGGGACUGGGAGGCAUUUGUCAUUGAGGGAGAGGCUUUCCUCGCAGUGGUCAACCACAGAGAAGGGAAUAACCACAAUAUAGACAGCGUGAUAUACAGGUGGAACCCCAGGACAGGGUUGUUCGAAACCAACCAGACCAUCCCUACCUCUGGAGCCUAUGACUGGGAAUUUUUCACCAUCGGGCCAUAUUCCUUCCUGGCUGUGGCUAAUACGUUCAAUGGCACAUCCACUAAGAUCUACUCACACAUCUACAUCUGGCUCAGUGGCUCUUUCCAGCUCUUCCAGUCUAUCCUGACUUUUGGUGCUGCUGACUGGGAGGUCUUUCGUAUCGGCGACAGAGUCUUCCUGGCUGUUGCAAACAGCCACAGCUAUGACAGUGGGAUGCCAGCACCCUCUAACUUCUAUGCCAUCAACUCCUCCAUCUAUGAGCUGAACAUCACUGCCCAGAUGUUUGUCAAAUUCCAGGACCUUCUCACCUACAGUGCCCUGGACUGGGAGUUCUUCUCGGUGGGAGAUGACUCUUUUCUGGUGGUAGCAAACUCCUUCGAUGGCUUCACCUUCUCCGUUAACAGUAUUAUCUACAGGUGGCAAGGCUAUGAAGGCUUCGUAGCAGCUCACCACCUCCCCACUGUUGGCUGUAGAGACUGGGAGGCAUUUCACACCGCCGAGGGCUCCUACCUCCUCUACUCUAGUGCCAAGGAGCCACUUUCCAAGGUGCUCAAGCUGAAAACCAUCUGA